GCAAUCGCCCUGACAUACAAAGCUGCAGAUAUAUCUUCUGUCCUCGUGAUCGAAGGUGAUGGCGUAACCUACACUGACGACGGAGUUUCCAUGCCCUUCGAGGAGAUCGUGAAGCUGCAUGGUAUGAACACGGCCCGCAUACGGUUAUGGACAGCAGGACAAUACGACCUGGAAUAUGGACUCGCCAUGGCGAAGCGCAUAAAAGCAGCCGGAUUGACAUUGCAUGUCGAUCUGCACUACAGCGAUACCUGGGCGGACCCAGGUCAUCAAGCGAUCCCCGCAGGCUGGCCGACAAACCUGACUGGCCUGGUCUCAGAGAUCUACUCUUACACACAAAAUGUCGUGCAAAGCUUCGCUGCCCAGGGUACGCCAAUCGACAUUCUCCAGUGCGGCAAUGAGAUUAACAACGGCCUGCUGUGGCCCGUCGGCGAGAUCUCGGUGAACGGCAUCGCCCCCGUGUCCCAGCUGCUCCAUGCUGCCUUCCAAGGCGGCCUGUCCGCCGGAUCCCCGACGACCCUCGUUCAUCUUGCUAACGGCUGGGACUGGGCGGGCCUGCAGUCGUUCUAUGGGGGCGUGUUCAUGCCCGGCGGACUGUCAGUCGAUCAGGUAGAUAUAAUGGGCGUGUCGUUCUACCCGUUCUACGGCACGAACGCGACACUGGCGAACCUGCAAUCGUCGCUGACAAACCUCGUGAACGAGUAUGGAAAGCCGGUCGUAGUUGCGGAGACGGACUGGCCCGCGGUAUGUGAGAAUGUCACGCUGAGCGAGCCUAGCAUUCCCGUCUCGGCGCCGGGGCAGGAAGAGUGGACAGGGGACAUUCGCGAUGUUCUGGAUAGUCUUCCUGGUGGGAAGGGACAAGGAAUUUAUUAUUGGGAGCCGGGAUGGAUUGGCAAUGCUGCCUUGGGCUCCUCGUGCGCAGAUAAUCUGCUGGUUUCUCCUUCGGGCGAGACAAGACAGUCAAUUGAUAUCUUCGCUCUCGAUAUGUGAAGACGGCUUUAUUAUAUGAGCUAGUUGAAUCUGCAUUUUCCUUGUUCCUU